UAAGUGACGCAUGCGUGGAGGAUAUGCGCUUUGCAGCAAAGUCCUCCUUCACUCCACACACGCUUCUAAGCCUCGGCACAUCUCCUCACAUCGCUACUAACUACACUUUAUUCAUCCUCCGUGUCAGGAUAAACUCCACUCGUCUCAGUCAACUUUGGACAUUAUUAGGCCCGCUUAGCUUGCUAGUUGUUUUAGCACGCUAGUUAGCUUAGCAUGCUAGUUAGCUUAGCUUGUUAGCUGCUAACAAAGAGACGCGGAUUUGAUCAACACAUCGCUUAGUUAAGAUCAAGUGUGAGUGUAAAGUGUUGUGAUUGUGUGAAAAUGUGCGAAAGAACGAUGGCAGAGUACAAAGAAGAACUUUCUCGAACAAAAGAAGAGAAUAAGAGACUAGGUCAACUACUGGACGCUGUUUUCAAGAAACCUCAAGUUGUGUUACACGGAACAGACGUCUGUGAAAAAUAUCGUCCACCUGAGCAGCAGGAGGGGUCCUCCAGUGUGGAGCAGAAGAGGUCACAGCACUUCCACGUGAAAGAAGAGGAGCCACAGCCCCCCCACAUUAAAGAUGAAGAAAAACAGCGGCUGUCCCCGCACUUCAUAGAGGAAGACAAGAGACACCUCAUCAGUGUGAAGAGUGAAGAUGAUGAGGUCAAAGGUGAGAGUGAGGAGAAGAGAGAGGCGGAGGCUCCAAGCAGCAGCUCAACUCAACACAUGACAACAGAAGCUGAUGGAGACCACUGUGGAGGAUCACAAGCAGACAAGCUCUUAGCUCCACUAUCAGAUAGUGAGGACACAACGUCACACUCUCCUGACACUGAUGAUGAAGACUCUAAAGAUGAUAAGACAUGUCACACUGACAACACACACCUUACAUGUUCUCACUGCGACAAAACUUUUAAAUACCAUUGUCGUCUAAAAAGACACAUGAGAACACACACUGGAGAAAAACUUUUUUCAUGUUCAAUCUGCGGUAAAGAUUUUAAUCAAAGGGGCCAUUUGAAAAUACACAUGAGAACACACACUGGAGAAAAACCUUUUACCUGCUCAGAAUGUGAUAAAAGUUUUGCAGUAAGUCAAAGUUUAAAAGCACACAUGAGAACACACACUGGAGAAAAACCUUUUUCCUGCUUAGAAUGUGGUAAAAGUUUUGCACUAAGUCACAAGUUAAAAGAACACAUGAGAAUACACACUGGAGAAAAACCUUUUUCGUGUUCAGUCUGCAAUAAAUAUUUUACUCUCAGGCCCAAUUUAAAAACACACAUGAGAAUACACACUGGAGACAAACCUUUUUCCUGCUCAGAAUGUGGUAAAAGUUUUGUAAAAAAUGUAAGUUUAAAAGUACACAUGAGAACACACACUGGUGAAAAACCAUACUCCUGUUCAAGUUGCAACAAAGGCUUCCGUUACCUAAACACUCUUAAAGUACACAUGAGAACACACACAGGAGAGAAAGUGUUGAGUUGCAGUGUGUGUGGUGAAAGAUUCUCCUAUAAGUACCAGUGUAAGAAACACAAGUGUGCUGGUGAGAACAGCAGCAGCAAAUGAAGAUGCAGGAUUUGAAAUAAACUUUCUAACACCAUCAGCACAUAUAACAUGUGUGACAUCAUUGUUGUGUGUGUAACACAAUCUUGUUAUUAUGCUUAUAACAUAUAUAGAGUAAAUACUUCAGAUUAGUGCUUUUAUUUCAGUCAAGUGCAUGAGUUAAUAUACACAUUUGUGUACUUUAAAAUGAACAGAACAAUUUGACUGAAAAGGUGAGAAUAAACAGUACAUAAAAUA